GGCAGCAGAUCUUCCGCCGGGCCGGGGCCGCCAAAGCCCGUCCCGGAGCGUCUGUCGCCUGCAUGGCGGCGAUGAACGGCGACCGCAGCCCCUCAGGAAGGGAGCCCCACGCCGCCGCCCCGCGACUCCCGGCGUCCCUGAGGAGGCGCCACCCGGCCAGCCGCAGGUGCUCCGUCCCCCCGGGACCCUCUUCCUGCCGCUGCCGGCCGGAGCCCCGCGGCUCUCGGCUCCGGGGCCCGCAGAGUCUUCCCCUGCGGGGAGGUCGCCGCCCCCUGCGCGCGGCCGAGGGGCUGGCAGGGCCGGAGGGGCGGCGGGCAGGCGGGCGCCCCUUCCCGGGAGAAGCGCGGUGGCCCUUCGCUCCUGUUUGGCCGCCGCGGGCUUAGGGCGGGCUACUCCGGCCCGAAUGCCGGCGAGUUGGGGCCUCCCGGCGGGCACGGCAGCCUGAAAGCGGGCUCGCCGCCAACCGGAGUCCCCAACGGAGGACCCGCCGCCUCCGUUAAGCAGAGCCUGGAGCUGCCCGGCAGAACUUCGGCCGUUGCGCUGCCCUCCCUCGGCCAACCAGUCGGGAGACGGGAGCUCUCGCUGGCAACCUCCACCAGCCAGCUUGUCCGCGGGCUUUGCGGAGGAAUCAUCCCGGGCAAGCCCGGGCUGCGUGGGACGCGGGAAUCCGGCUUUGUAUCUCGGUUUUCUCAAGCUCAGAAACUUUUAGGUGCGCGGACUGCAACUCCCAGAAUCUGCUGGCUGGGAAUUCUGGAAGUUGAAGUCUCGUUGAGAAACUCUGAAGUGGCUUCCCACGACCACUGACUGCUUUCUCGGGCCCUUCGUUGAGGCUGAAGUGAAGCCGGAUCUGAAUAUUCCCACACAAAACCUGCCUUUUUUCCUCCCCUCUUGACCGGUCCACAAGUGUCCUAUAGUAUUUGAAUUUGGUGUUUUGGUAACAGCUCUAAGAUUUUUGGUGGAGUUUCGUGUUCCUUUCUCACGUUCCUGUCCUUGGAUCCGCCAGUCUGUUCCAGAUUGGCACCUCUGGUUCUGGCACCACCCCUAUAGUCCCAUUCUCCCCCCCCCCUUCCAGGGGUUUUCUGGCAUGCAGGAUGCCAGCGAAGCGAAUGGCAGACCUGACAGUCUGAAAAGGCACAGCCAGACUCCUUUUUUUUUUUAACCAUCUUCUGUUAGACAUUCUGGAUUUAAAGACAAGAUAGUGGGAUAAUUGGGGGAAGGAAGCACCCGUGUCCUUUGAAAAAUCAGACAUCCAGGCAGGAUUAAAAUAUACAUGACCUGCAGCCACUUGUUCAGGCAUGGAGCAGUCCUCAAGGAUGAUGUUUGCAGGAAUUCCUGUUUUCAUUUUGACUUGUGGUUUUAUUUCACUCUGCAAAACUGGGUCCUGGACUUUGGUCGGCCCAUCGCCAUGAUUGUGCUUCCACUUGAAUGGUUUCCCCUGAAUAGGCCGAGCGUCGGCGAUUAUUUUCACAUGGCCUAUAAUGUCAUCACACCCUUUAUUCUCCUGAAGCUGAUGGAGCGCUCCCCCAAGGCUCUUCCCCGAUCCAUGGUGUAUCUCUGCAUCAUCAUAUUCGUCAUGGGGGCCAGCAUCCACCUGGUGGGUGACUCUGUCAAUCACAGACUGAUAUUCAGCGGCUACCAGCUCCACCUGUCCGUUCGAGAGAAUCCAAUCAUCAAAAAUCUCAAGCCGGAGACCCUGAUCGAUUCCUUUGAAUUGCUGUACUAUUACGAUGAGCAUCUGGGCCAUUCAAUGUGGUACAUACCCUUCUUUCUCAUCCUGUGCAUAUAUUUUUCUGGCUGUUUCAUACCCUGUAAAGAACAACAGCCAAGAAUCCCUGUGGCUGCUUUACUCCUCAUUGGGCCCAGCAGCCUCUAUUACUGGUACCUCGUCACGGAGGGCCAGAUCCUCACCCUCUUCGUCUUUACCACCUUCGCCCUGGUGGCGCUCGUGAUGCACCAGAGGCGGAAGGGCCUCAUCAUGGACAGCAACGGCCGCUUCCUCUUCUACUCCUUUGUCAUCACGCUGGGGCUGGUGGCUCUCUGGAUUGGCUGGCUCUGGAACGACCAGACCCUCCGGAAGAAAUAUCCCGGGAUCAUCUACGUUCCUGAGCCCUGGGCCUUCUACACCUUGCACCUCAGAAAUCUGCCCUCGAGAAAGGCGGAGGGCCUCUGAUACGGCGGCUGCCUUUAUUUGGGGAGACGGAGCCUGUUGGGCAAGUCGGCAGGGCUAGGGUGGCGCCCACAGAACAAAGGGCUCUGGUGUUCGAAGGAGCCCGAUUCUGUCUGGAUUCAUUUGGAAGCAGGUUCCACCAAACGGGGGCCUCCUCCCAAAUCAAUCUUUUUAUUGCAAGAUCAGCCGUGGACUAGAAGAAGGGGAUGUGGUCGCAGAAAGAAUACUCGGAACCCGAAUGAGUCUACGCCAUCCACUGAACUGACAUUCCUUCGGCACCAGGAUUUGUAUUUUCCCAUGGUUUAAGUCCUCUGUGACUGGGAAGAUGCCUGGCCUAUAUAGAGCUUGUUAGAACGUUGAAUGGAGACGAGGGUCCAGGAGACGCCGUGUGGCUUCUGUUGUCUCAUUUUGCAUACUCCAUUCUACAUUGGGUGGAAAUUAUGCAAAGAUGAAGAACUGCUUAUCUCAAAUGUAGUAUGAUCUCUGCAUUCAGUUCUCAACCAGGACACUGAUAGCUAGUUUGAUUGUUGACUCCUCAGAUUCGUGGUGCAAGUAGAUAAUAUUAAGUCUAGUGAAUUUUGAAAUGGAUAAAAACACUGAAAAUUUUGACUUUCAGCUUCUAGCUCUAUGAAUUCCUGGCUUUUGGCUCACUAACAUGGAUGUUGCAGAUACAGCUGAAAAAGAGAUAGGUUCAGUCAGGGGUGCAGAAGGUAUUACAAACAUGAGAUUAGGAGUAGCAGACCUGCAAGAGGGAAAACAAAGAGGCUGCAAAGGGAGGUCAAAGAGCAGCUGCCAUGUGGAAAGAGGCUGUCUGGCCCUGUACAGGUAGUCCCCAAUUUGCAACAAUUCAUUUAGUGACCAUUCAACGUUAUAAUGGCACUGAAAAGGGGGCUUAUGACCAUUCUUCACACAACCAUUGCAGCAUCCCUGUGGUCAUGUGAUCC